GUCCGGAUCAGUUUCAGCGGAACACAGCGGGGGUUAAGCGCUUGGUUGCGUGUUGGAUUCGCUCGCGGCUGCUUUCUAGAUAUUCUCUUCAGGAUGAUUAUCCCAGUGCGCUGUUUCACCUGCGGGAAGAUUGUGGGCAACAAGUGGGAGGCUUAUUUAGGGCUCCUUCAGGCGGAGUACACAGAGGGUGAUGCGUUGGACGCUCUCGGGCUGAAGCGGUACUGCUGCAGGAGGAUGCUGCUGUCUCACGUCGAUCUCAUUGAGAAGUUACUGAACUAUGCACCGCUGGAGAAAUAGACUUGAUGAACUGGAAUAAACUGUUUUUCUUUCAUAAGCUGCCCACAAACCCCUGUGUAUACGUUGGCUAAGUGUAUUGAGUUUGUAUGCUGGCACCAGACCUGCAUGUUUAGGGAAGACCUCCUUCAUACGCAGGGUUUAUAGCUUGCAAUGGUUUGAUAUUUUCUAAAUAAAGUAGUAAAAGCAUCGAG